AUGGAAAACUCGACCAAGGUAGCGAACCAGACUUUGGGUGUGUGGACAGAUUAUAGCAUCCAGUACAAAGUGGUGAGUACUUUUUUACUCUUCUUCAUCUGCGCUUUGGGGAUGGUCGGAAACGUGAUGGUGAUCCUGGUUGUGCUGACCACGAAGCACAUGCGGACCCCCACUAACUGUUAUCUGGUCAGUUUGGCCGUGGCGGAUCUGAUGGUUCUUAUAGCGGCAGGUUUACCCGCGAUACCCGACAGCAUCUUCGCUUCGUGGGUGUUCGGACACUACGGCUGCCUGUCCAUCACUUACUUCCAGUACCUGGGCAUCAACGCGUCCUCGUGUUCCAUCACUGCGUUCACAAUAGAAAGAUACAUCGCCAUUUGCCACCCGAUCAAAGCCCAGUUUCUCUGCACACUUUCCAGAGCUAAAAGGAUUAUUGUGUCCGUAUGGGUUUUUACGUCCCUCUACUGCGUAAUGUGGUUCUACCUGUCAGAUAUACAGGAGUUAAAAUACGACAAUAUCGUCAUUAAAACUUGUGGCUACAGAGUUUCCAGGAAGUACUAUCUGCCAAUUUACUUCUUUGACUUUGGCGUCUUCUUCGUGGUGCCUUUACUGCUGUCCGCGGUGCUGUACGGACUCAUCGCCAGAAUCCUGUUCUUGAAUCCGUUGCCCUCGAACCCUAAAGACAAGAAGAAGAAGAAGAAGAACGCACAAGCCAACAGCCACGCGGCCAACAACAACACGAGCUGCAAGAACUCGCGCCACUCCAGCUCCACCGCAACAUCCCGCAGACAGGUAACCAAGAUGCUAGCUGUGGUCGUGAUCCUGUUUGCGACGCUCUGGAUGCCCUACCGCACUUUAGUGGUGGUCAACUCCUUCUUAGACCACCCCUAUCUGGACAGCUGGUUUCUCCUUUUCUGUCGUGUUUGCAUUUAUCUCAACAGCGCUAUCAACCCGGUCAUCUACAAUGCCAUGUCCCAAAAAUUCCGCGCGGCUUUCCAAAAAAUUUGUGGUUGUCGUAGGAAAGAGUCUGGCAAACCAGCUGCGUACAGUGUUGCUCUAACUUACAGCGCCGUGAAGGAGACGUCAAUGGUAGAAAGCACGGAUCACUAUACGACUGAAUUAGAGGAGCUAACGGUCAAUGAUGAACUCCUAAGAGAUCAGAAAAUCAUGUACCCAGAUACUUGUAUUUACAGUAGGGCUGACUUCAACAAUGCUUGA